ACACAAGCAGCUGGUUAGCCUACUGCAAAGAGCGCCAACAGAAAAGGCACGAGAGGAAAGAAAAUGGCUCCCUCCUCCUACUUCCUUCUGGCUGUUCUUCUAGCUUUGGUGGCUUAUCAGGCCAAUGCUUCUGAUCCUAGCCCGCUCCAGGACUUCUGUGUCGCUGACAAGCACUCUCCUGUGAAGGUGAAUGGAUUUGUUUGCAAGGACCCUAUGGCCGUGAAUGCGGAUGACUUCUUCAAGGCAGCCAACCUUGACACGCCUAGGGACACCAUGAAGAGCAAGGUGGGGUCUAAUGUCACCUUGAUCAAUGUCAUGCAGCUCCCUGGCCUCAACACGCUUGGCAUCUCUCUGGCCCGCAUCGACUAUGCUCCCUUAGGUGAGAACCCGCCGCACACCCACCCACGUGCCACUGAGAUCCUCACGGUGCUUGAGGGGACCCUGUACGUCGGGUUUGUCACCUCCAACCCAAACAACACCCUGCUUGCCAAGGUCCUCAACAAGGGUGACGUGUUCGUAUUCCCCGAAGGACUCAUCCACUUCCAGUUCAACCCCAUCCACGACAAGCCAGCGGUUGCAAUCGCUGCGCUCAGCAGCCAAAACCCUGGGGUUAUCACCAUCGCCAAUGCGGUCUUUGGAUCAAAGCCGCCGAUCUCGGAUGAUGUUUUGGCCAAGGCAUUCCAAGUGGAGAAGGGGACAAUUGAUUGGCUCCAGGCUCAGUUCUGGGAGAACAACCACUACUAAAUCAAAUCAAGCAUGGGUUUCUAGUAUGAAAAAGUUUGCUUUACAUGCAUUUUGUAUACGACUACUUGUUUUUAGUUUCCAUGCUAUAUAUGUUUGGUAAAAUAAAUGGCAAGUAUUUAUGUACUGCCAAUGUUAUUGUGUACCUGCGAGGGUUACUGCCCUUUGGAUAAUUUGAAGUGAAGCUUGUAUACAAUUUCUUCAAGAAUAUAUAUUCAUGUU